AUGUCUUAUUGUAUACGCUGUAAUGAAGUUAGCUCAAGGAGAUCGCCGAGUAUUAUUUGCAGUUUUUGUCGAAAUCAUUAUCACGCGAAUGGCACCUGUUCCGAUGUCACAAAGAAUCAGUUAUCGGCAAUCAAGAACAUGCCUGGUACGGAUUGGAAAUGUGAUACAUGCCGCCAAGUAAAUGCACAUGUAUCCAGUGGCGGAGAUCGGAAGAGGCAAUCGACUUCUGCUGGCCGUCCAUCCCUGGAUGGUCAGUCUCAACGAGUUGAGAAACCCAUCGUCUCAUAUGAUGAAUCAGACACUGAGGGGCGCAAUGGUGAUGUUUCGCAACCCAUUCAAUCACUCACUUUAGAAAUAAGGAAUCUGCGAGAAUCAGUCAAUUUUUGUUCGGGAAAAAUAAGCGAUUUCGAGAUCAAGCUAGGCAGGUUCAAUGAGCUGGUCACUAAGUUGGGUAAACUGGAGAGGGAGAAUGAACUGUUAAAAAAGCAGGUCACAGAUCUCAACUCUAAAGUGAAUAACCUUGAACAAUUUUCCAGAUCAAACAAUAUAGAAAUUCAAAAUAUACCUGAGAAGCCAAAUGAGAAUAUCAUGGAAAUUAUUUCAUCAAUUGGAAGAGCUAUUGAUCAGCCGGUUGACUCCUCCUGUAUUGAUUUUUGCAGCCGUGUUCCUACAAACAUCCAAGGGAGGCCUAAAAAUAUUGUUCUAAGAUUCAUCUCUAAAAUCAGGAGAGACGAUUUUCUUGCCGCUUAUAAGGUUAAGCGAGUGUCGAACUCGGGUUCUGAUGGAUCAGGAAUUAGGGUUGAAAAUGUGUCGGAAAGGCUAUACAUCAAUGAACAUUUGUCGAUUCACAACAAGAAACUCUUCAAAGAAGCACGAGACAUUGCAAAGAAUAAGGAGUAUAAGUAUGUAUGGACCCAAUCUGGUAAUAUUCUUUUACGCAAAAACGACGCGUCUAAAAUUCUUCACAUUCGGUCAAGCGAGGAUUUAAGAAAACUAUAA